AUGGGGAACAGCGCUCUCAAAUCCCACCUGGAAACGGCUCAGAAGACUGGAGUUUUCCAGCUCACUGGAAAAGGACUUCCUGAAUUUCCCGAGGAACUGCAGCGGCUUACAGCAAACCUACGAACUGUAGACCUGUCUGACAACAAGUUGGAGUCACUUCCUCCCUCCAUUGGAAACUAUGCACAGCUCCGGAGUUUGACCCUCAACUCUAACAGACUGGGUGGCCUUCCUACUGAAAUCGGGAAGCUCAAGAAAUUGGAGACACUGAGUCUAAGCGGCAACCGGAUCCAGCAGCUACCAUCCACCCUGGACCAGCUCAAGGCCCUUCGGACCCUCAUCCUUGCCGGGAACCGCAUCUCGGAGUUCCCCACCGGACUAGGAGCGCUGAGACACCUGGACCUGCUGGACUUGUCCCGAAACAAGAUUCAGAGUAUUCCACCAGAGGUGUCAGAGCUUCAGGUUAUUGAGAUCAACCUCAACCAGAACCAGAUCUCGCUCGUGUCUGCGGAUGUCUCUCGGUGUCCUCGCCUUAAAGUUCUUCGCCUGGAGGAGAACUGUUUGGAACUGGCCGCCAUUCCGCUAGCCAUCCUGAAAGAGUCACAAGUGUCUCUCUUCUCAGUGGAAGGAAACCUCUUUGAGGUGAAGAGUAUGCGGGACCUGGACGGGUAUGACAAGUACAUGGAGCGUUUCACCGCCACCAAGAAGAAGUUUUCCUGA